UACUCCGGAUAAUAUUUCAGACCUCGGAGUAAAAAUACGCCGGAAGAUUCCCCCAAAUUAUCUCUCAUGGUUCUGUAAAAAGUACUCUCACCACUCCCAACCAAAACCCCGUUUCAAUUUUUUUUUCUUCCCAAUUUCUAAAACCCUAUUUCAAUUUUUUCCCCAAUUGUAUUAAAAUUAUCUCACCUCCUAGAACAAUCUUAAUCAUUAUUCACCAAAUUCGAAAAUUUACGCUAAACCCUAGCAUUAUCUUUCUCACUAUUACUCUACUUCCAAUUAGGGUUUUUGUUUGAUUCAUUUGUGCGAUGGACCGAAUUCGAUACAACACCGCAAAUUACCCCUCUGAAUCCACUAAUGGUGUCAGAUUUGCUUCUUCUUCUUCGCAACCAAAUUACAGCUCCAAAGCUGUUCAGGAUGCUCUGCGACACCUGGCAUCUAUUGAUCUGAUUGAUUUGUGCAAUGAGGCAAAAGUUGAACGAUGUCGUGCCAGCAGAGACCUGAGGAGUUGUGGUUGUCUUGUGGAGUCUGUCCUUAACUCAUGUGGGCAUGCAUCUUUAUGUGCAGAGUGCAUUCAACGUUGUGAAAAUUGCCCCAUCUGUAGAACUUCUUUGCCUAAGAACGGAAACAUACUGCGGCCUCGACUUUACUAUGAGUGUGUUGAGGCAGGUCUUAUAUCAAAAGAUUGCAAUGUCAGAUUUCAAGAAAAGGAAGAUGGUGAAACACACCUCACUGCUGACGUCCAACGUCUUUAUUCUUUGUUUGAUGUUGCCAUGGAGAACAACUUAUGUUGUUUGAUAAGCCAUUAUGUUACCGAUGUUUGCAUGGAUGAAAGUGCUGUAUCAAGUGAUCCUGUAAUAGCAUUUCUGCUGGACGAGGUGGUUGUCAAGGACUGGUGCAAAAGAGCAUUCAAAAACAUCAUAGAACAAGUUCAAGGGAUAUAUAAUCUUGAAAUAACUGAGAUGAAAACAAAAAUGGAUGCACUUCUUAAGGUCUUGGCAAAGCUAGUUGGCUUGUCCAGUGUGCUGGAAGUUUUGAACUUGUCAUUUAAGGAUACACAUUCAGCCAAGCUUGAUGAUCUUAAUCGCCUUCAAGAGAGCAUAUUGAAGACCAAGCAGCAUAUGGAUAUGAUGUUGUGGUGCAUUAGACAUCAGUUUUUGGAAAAUGUCAGGUCUCGCCAUGACAAUGUUUUUACAUGGCGUUCAGUUGUGCGUGAAAGGAAGUCAGCUGCUGUGGAGCGAGCCUGGCCUGAAGCAGUUGAGCUUUAUGGAGAGUCUACAGGACAAGAUAAUUCGAGUCUCUUUAUUGAGGACGCAUUGUUGAAUCUUGAGGUUGACAAGGGUGAUGAGCAGGCAAGUGCAAUUGAACUAGAAGUUGCAUCUUUACAAAGGGAUGGAGGUUCAUCUUUCUUCAGAUCUAAGAUUGAGGGUUUGGGAGGCAGCUACCCAUUUGAAAACGUGAGGGCUGCCAUUGAUACACUCUUUCUUUGUGGAGGUUCUGAUAUGGUGGUUGCCAAACGUGCUAUUUUGUUGUAUUAUCUGUUUGAUCGCCAUUGGAUGAUGGCUGAUGAGGAAUGGAGGCAUGUUGUAGAUGAUUUUGCUGCCACUUUCAGUAUAACUAGGCACUCUUUACUAGAGUCUUUUGCCUUUUAUCUCCUGGACGAUCACACUGAUGAAGCCCUACAGGAAGCUUGCCACCUUCUUCCAGAGAUAGCAGGUCCAGAAUCUCAUCCUAAGAUUGCAAAAGUUCUGCUAGAAAGGAAAGCUCCUGAUUCCGCUCUUAUGUUUCUGCGGUGGUGUGGCCGUGAUGGUGGAGCUGAGAUAUCCUUGAGUGAGGCAGUCACAGCCAUUAGGGUCAGAGUGGAAUGCGGCUUAUUAACAGAAGCUUUUAUGUACCAGAGGAUGCUUUGUAUCAAAGUCAAAGAGAAGCAGUUGAAUCAUAAAUUGCCAGUAGAUGCUUUGGAUGAAUCUGAAGGUGAAGUCAGAAGUUGGACAGAUUGGGUGCUUGUACUGGUAACUGAGAUUUGUUAUCUUUGUGUAAGAAGGAAUAUUAUAGACCGUGUCAUAGAGUUGCCCUGGAAUGAUGAUGAAGAGAGGCAUCUUCAUAAAUGCCUUUUAGAUUGUGCUAUAGUUAAUCCUCUUGCAACUGCUGGAAGUCUUCUUGUUGUGUUUUAUCUCCAGCGCCACCGGUAUAUUGAUGCAUAUCAUACAAAUAAGGAGCUUCAGUUAGUGGAGGAGGAUUUAUUUUCAAAGAACAGUGUUGAUGAAGAGGGCUUGUACAGAAUGAGAUCAUCAGCUGACUGGAGAUCAGGAUUGGUUAAUAAAGCUGUGGAGCUGCUUCCGGAAGUCGAGCAGCAGCUAUUGAAGGCUGGAAAAUUGCCGGAGGAUAUGGCUUUAUGCGUAGACAGGGCUGAUUGUCAAAGAGAAGCAGAUGUUGGUAGGGUGCUAGAAGAAGCUGGUUCUAUGCCUUCAGCAUCCUCUUCCUUGUGCUCUUCCCUUAUUCUUCAGAUGGAGCAUGACCCUUCUUUCAAGUCAUCUAGGUUUCCAAUUUUGAAACCAGCUGGACAUGUUGGUGUUACUGAACCUGAAUUUCAAAAUCUUGCAUCUCCCUCUACUUCUCAUGGAAAUUUUUUUAUGGAUUCUGAAAAAUCAUCAAAACCUCCAUUCAGCAUGGUAAAAAAUUACAAGCUUGAUGAUGUAUUGACCUCUGGAAUUCGUUCCAUGAAGGCUUCAGCUGUUAAAGAUUGUAAUAGAGCUUCAUCAAGGCUCUUCAAUGGUGAAUUUCAAGAUGCCCAACUUGAUGAAGUUUCUUCCCCAGUAGAGCAAAAUGGUCUGUUUGGAUCUCUUUCAAAAGUUAGCCCUCCACAUUCUCGAAGGGUUAUGGCUAAACCAACAAGGACGCCAAGCAGCAACCGUGGCUUACUUGAUGACUCACCUGAAGAAAGAUUCAAAACUGCCUCUGGUAAGAGGUUCUUACCAAGAGACCUAGAUAGACCUGGAAAUACGGCUUCUUUAGGUGAUGCAAUGGAUAUAUCAUGGAGUCGAGAAGCAUACAGCUCUCCUGCCGCUGAUUUCAACACUAGUGCUCAAAGAUGGAGGUCAGAUGAAACUAGUGAUGAAGAAGAGCAGCAAAGUCCGGAAAAGUUGAGGGUUGUUUCCUCUCGUCUGACAACAAAGAAAAGAAGUUCUAUAAGGGGUCGACUGUCACGUAGAUAAAUUUGUGAAUGUUGACUGUCGCAGGUCCUUGAUUUUUUUGAAGUGGGCCAAGCUGUGAGUGUUUGCAAUACUUGUUAGAAGAUGAGACAAAGUCGUACACAUAGCUUGCAAAGGAAAGAAAUAUAGCAAUACUUUGCUGACGUUGGUCUCUCGACUACAACUUCUGAUGUUUCGUGUGCAGGAAGAAAAAAAUUGGUAAGAGAAAACCAAGUUGCACGGUUCAACCUGUGUUUUUUCUAAUUUGAGGAGGAGAGUGAUUUGCAGAAUCAUGCAUCCUAAGUUGAACAACGUGAGGCCUGAUACUUUGCCCUUGUUCCUCCUGCAUUUGUGCAUCUUCUCAUAGCUCCUCUACUCUCAUCUGAUGUAAUUUAUGUGCUAUGAAAUUUUUGAAAACAGAGAAUGUGAGCUUGGCUUGGGCAUCAUAUGCCAAUCAGCUUCAAAUUGAUGGGAUUUGUUUUGGAAGGUGUCCAAGCUCAAGUAACGAAACGGUGAAAGUAAUUUUUUGUCCAUGCUCUAUCUAUAGUUCAAAUUACCUGCAAUUUUUAACAGCAUGCUUAGUAUGAACUUUGAUGA